AUGGCUUCAAAGAUAUUAUUGCUUACGUCUUUAAUAUUACUAGAUAUUGUCAAUUUUUAUGGAGGAAGAAGAUUAAAAUUAAUAUUAGCAGCACCACCGACAGAUGAGAAUUUACCGCCAAGACCUAAAGAAGGUGGUGUUGAGACUCGAUAUUGUGAAUUCUUUAAUAACAGUGUAUCUUUAUGCCAAGAUACAGAUAAUUCAACAUGCCCCCCGAGAACUGUUAUAAAAGAUGCUUGCUUGCCAAUAGAGACAGAUAAAAGCAACCAUUGCUUUGUGGUGUGGCAAUAUGACAAUAUCACCAACACAGCAAACGUUAAAGUCAAAGGAUGUUUCCUUGACACAGUGGCAUGUAAUGAUAGAGCUUCAACCUGCAGAUUGCAUAAUAUGAAAUUACCGCUGCUUCAUUGCUGUUGUGAGGGUGACAUGUGCAAUGAGAAUGCCACAUUCCCUGGUUUGGAGGCUGGAAUGCCAUCUCCAACUGAACUGCCUCCAGAACGAAUUCCAGCAUCAUCUCUACCAACACCAGAAGAUGAUACUACAGCAGUCAUAGCAUAUACUUUGAUACCAUUAUUUUUACUAUUUGCUGUGCUAGUCGGAUGUUACCUGUUGUAUAGGAAACGUAAAGGCAGUUCAUUUGCUGAGUUGGGUAGCGGUGAAGCCUCUUUAUCGAGACCUCCCUCUGCUGGGGCUGGCAUGGAAAAUGAAUCGGCAGGUCUUCUUAGUCAAAUAACAUUGUGCGAGGUUCGGGCCCGAGGAAGAUUCGGGGCAGUCUGGAGAGCAAAGUUAGGUCAACGAGAUGUUGCAGUCAAAGUCUUUCCAUUACAAGAUAAACAGUCAUGGCUGGCAGAACAGGAAAUAUACAGACUCCCCCGAAUGGACCAUCCUGAUAUAUUGCACUAUAUCGGCGUUGAUAAAAAAGGCGACAAUUUGCAAGCUGAGUACUGGCUCAUCACAGCUUAUCAUGAAAAGGGCUCUCUCUGCGAUUACCUAAAAGGCCACACACUGACUUGGCCUGAGGCUUGGCGCGUGGCCGCCUGCGUGGCCCGAGGCCUAGCACACUUGCACGAAGAGGAUGGCGGCAAACCAGCAAUAGCUCAUCGCGACUUUAAAUCCAAGAACGUACUUCUUAAAGCAGAUUUAAGCGCUUGUAUAGCAGAUUUCGGUCUAGCUCUAGUUUUUGAGGCAGGACUCGGUUGUGGCGAUGCACACGGUCAAGUGGGGACGAGGCGGUACAUGGCUCCCGAGGUUUUGGAUGGUGCCAUCAAUUUCACAAAAGACGCCUUCUUGAGAAUAGAUAUGUAUGCGUGUGCGCUGGUCCUUUGGGAGAUUGCUUCAAGAUGCAACGACGGCAACAUAGAGGCAACAGCACAGUACCGUCUCCCGCUGGAAGAAGAAGUGGGUUCGCAUCCCGGCCUCGAAGAGAUGCAAGAGGCGGUCGUGCAAAGAAAACUCAGGCCGCACUUACCGCCCCAGUGGAGAGACCAUAAUGGUCUCUCGGUGCUCUGCGACACGAUGGAAGAGUGCUGGGACCACGACGCGGAGGCGCGGCUGUCGGCGUCAUGCGUGCUGGAGCGCAUCGAGGCGCAGCAGCCGGCGGCGCGCGCGCCCUCCACGCCCGACACCACGCCGCUGCUCAUACACGAGCUGGCCUGC